AUGAAGAAAAAAAAAAACCUCUUUUCAAAUAACAAGCAUCACAUAAAAAAUAAAAACUAUCUUAGGAAGAAAAAUAAAUAUUACAAGGAUCAGAAAUUUCUUCGAAAAUUUAAAAAGUCCAUACAAAACGAUGAGCCUAAGAAGGAUUUAUUUCGGAGUGACCCCAUAAAGAACUUCUUCUUCACACCUGUCAACGAGGCACAUCAAAAUGAUGAACAUGAUGCAGAUGAGGAAGAAGUAGGAGAUGCAGACCAAGACGCAGGAUUAGCAAGUGGGGCCGAAAGACAAGAUGACCAAACAGAACAUACCCCUAGCAGCAAAAAACCCCAUAAUUCAACUAAACAAACAUACAUAAGGGGAAAAAGGAAAAAACCAAUUCAGGAAAAUAAAAAAAAUACCACCAUUUCCAAAGAAUAUGACAAGGAAGACAGCUGUGAAAAUAAAACUCUAAUAGGACAUUACAAAAACAAAGAUAAGCAGAAAAAAUCCAUUUACAGUAAAGAAAUUAAAAUAACUUCACUCAAAAAGAAAGAAAGAGAAUUGUUUAUGAAGGAGAGAGAAGCUGAAAUUCUGAAAAAUGAGCAAGACAAAAAAAAAAAAAAAUUAUUAAGAAUUAAAAAGUUCAAAAAAUUAAACAAAAAAACAAAAAAAGGUCAACCAGUUAUGAAAAAUAUAAUAAAUCAUUUGUUAAAAAAAAUUUAA